UGGAGCCGCGCACUAGAUCGGCGGAGCAGCAGAGCCGGCAGCAGCUCUCGUGGAUGUGGCCCCUCUCGGGGAGCUGGAGGCCCUCCAGGGCUCACUGAGGAUUGCACCUGCUCUUUGCACUGGGGACAUUAUUGCAUUGAAGGCAGCAGAAGUUUGCAGAAGUGACCCCCCUGCCUAACCAUGGGCUGCUUGCUGACUCUCUCCCUCCUCCUUGGUGGCAUCUCCUCUAUACUUUGUGUGCCAGAAUGUGGUAUUAUGGAGAUGAUCGACCAAAAACGGAGUGAAUGCGAAAACCAUCAGGACUAUAACAACGAGACCUUAGCAUGUCCAAGAACGUGGGAUAACAUCACUUGCUGGCCAGCUGCAGCAGAAGGAGAAAUGGUGGUUCUUCCUUGCCCAGAUUACUUUAUCCUUUUUGCUUCUGGAAAAGGAAAUGUCUCCAAAUACUGCACAAACGAGGGCUGGUCUGAAAUGAAUCCAUCCUAUAUGGUCGCCUGUGAAUUCUUCGGUAAUGAUUCCAAGACAGAUCAGCAGAAGGCUUUCUACGCCAUAGUUCAGACUGGAUACACCAUUGGACACAGCGUCUCCCUCAUCUCGCUGACCGCCGCCAUGAUCAUCCUCUGCCUCUUCAGGAAGCUCCACUGCACAAGGAACUACAUUCACAUGCAUCUCUUCAUGUCAUUUAUCAUGAGAGCCAUCGCCGUGUUCAUCAAGGACAUUGUCCUCUUUGAAAGAGGCGAGUCAGAUCACUGUUCCGAGGGUUCGGUUGGAUGUAAAGCAGCCAUAGUGUUCUUCCAGUACUGCAUCAUGGCCAACUUCUUCUGGCUGCUGGUGGAGGGUCUCUACCUUCAUACACUCUUGGUCAUCUCUUUUUUCUCGGAAAGGAAGUAUUUCUGGUGGUACAUCUUGAUCGGAUGGGGAGCCCCGACUGUAUUCAUCACCGCCUGGACGUUCACCAGGAUAUAUUAUGAUAACGCUGGAUGUUGGGACACGAUUGAAUCCCCGAUUUGGUGGUGGAUCAUCAGAGGUCCCAUUUUGGUCUCCAUCUCGGUCAAUUUUAUUCUUUUCAUCUGCAUCAUCAGAAUUUUGGUUCAAAAAUUACAUUCGCCCGACGUGGGAAGAAAUGAACACAGCCAGUAUACGAGGCUGGCGAAGUCCACUCUUCUGCUGAUCCCUCUCUUCGGAAUACACUAUAUCGUGUUCGCCUUCUUCCCAGACACCUACAAGAUGGAGGUGAAAAUGGUCUUCGAGCUCGUUCUUGGCUCCUUCCAGGGUUUCGUGGUGGCCAUUCUGUAUUGUUUCCUAAAUGGAGAGGUUCAAGGAGAGCUAAAACGUAAAUGGCGAAGAUGGCACCUCGAGAGGUGCCCAGGAAAGGAUACGAAAUAUCACCACCCUUCAGUGGGCAGCAACGGGACCAACUUCAGCACUCAGAUUUCCAUGUUGACCAAAUGCAGCCCGAAAACCCGAAGAUGUUCCAGCUUCCAAGCAGAAUUUUCUUUGGUCUGAUGUAUGAAGGAUCGCUCAAAUGACUUCAGUACAAAACAUUUUGCCAAAUGUUGACGUCACCUCCUUGAAGUGGAUUCGGCGGGAAGCCUGAACACAUGCACUCUUUUGAAUUGCACUUUACGGGGUUAACGUAACCUCCCUUACACUCUUCUCCACCAAGUGAAUCAUUCAUGAAACAAGACUUGGAGCCUCGGUGGCUUCAUACUGGAAUGUCUUACAACAAUUUCUUGAGUGAGUUUAAAAAAAAAAAAGAGUUUUGAGAAACUGAAUUUUCCAACAAAAAAUCAGAAACAAAAAGUUCUAAAUGUAUUUAUUUAAUCUUCACGUCUGAGCGCGAAAAAAAUAUCCUCAAGAAAAGAUGUAAAUGGACAAGCGGAAUCAAGUCAGGACUGAUAAGCUAAGGAACGAUCCCACUGGGUUUUCAGGCCCAUUUUAUAUUUAAUGUAAAAAUAUAAAUAGAAAAAAACAUUUUUGUAAAUCAAAUCUUGUCGAUAGACAUUUCAGAAAAUGCACAAGACGUUUUACAAAAUAUCUCUAUUUUCUUUUCUUUUUGUAAUUCUAUGUAUUUUUUUAUUUUUUUUUUCGUAUAGUUUUCUCCCGCACAUCUGACUGGAUAGCAUUUAUGGCUCCCCGGUGUCAUCAGUUGGGUUGAUCAUGGAGCUUAGUAAAAAAUUUUUGCUGUUUUUAACUUUGAGAGCUAAUUUAGUGUAUUCCUAGAUAGUUUUUUUUUUGGAUUCUUGUUUAAUGAAAAAAAUAUGUGCCAAAAUACUCCCAGAUAUAAAUAUUUGACCCUGUGUUAACGCCAAACUAAAUGUCCGAAAAGAGAAAAAAACUUUAUUUUUUACAGAUCUUUAAAAUUAUCUAAUAAGAUAUAUAUGAGAAGCUGCACAGUUUAUCUCCAGGAUGUAGAAGGAGCCAUAUUACCCUUUAGUUCAGAUUUAUGGUGCAUUCAUUGUAAUGCUUAAAGGAGCGGUACCACCUCACGUGUGAUGAAAUUUAUCAUGUUGUAGAUCUAUUUCUGGUUGGAAUGAGAGCUCCGCCAUUGCUGCGACACAAUUCCUUCAAUAGUUAUUACACGUUACAUUAUUUAAAUUGCAGUACCACCUUUCGCCACUGCUGUUUAUCAUAGACUUCAAUGCAACAGCGCCCCCAGCUUUGACUUGUUCUUUGAAAUAGAAUAGGUUCGGAAUAAAAUAUCCACCAGA